CUCACCUCCUGAAUGAAGUGCGCACGCAGUUUGGACAUCUCCUCUGUGCAAUGCAAAGGGAAAUGUGGGCCACCACCACUUUUGGACUUUGCAGAUACAACAGAAAUGACAAAAAAGGAAUACAAUUCAGGGGAGAGAGUUGAAUACAGCUGCUUUAAUAAAUACACACUGGAUCAGAGUCACCCCUACUCCAAAUACUUGACCUGUGAAGAUGGAGAAUGGAGAGGGAAUAUUAAGUGCUUAAAGCCCUGUUCAGUGUCUGUGGAGUUAAUGGAUGAAAGAGGUAUAGAGCUGCGAUGGGGUGGACGGCAAAAGAUAUUCUCACCACAUGGGGAUAGAAUCACCUUUAGGUGUCAGAGAGGCAAAUCUUCAAUAGACCUAAUACAAACAUGUAAUGAUGGAGUGAUUGAUUUGCCUCUGUGUGAGUGACAGUGAAUAAAACAUCACUGAAGCAUCAGCUGUAUUAAUAAACAAUAAGAAAUAAAGCAGAUCAAAAUUAACCUUUA